GCCUUGAUUAAUGUCCAUUACAGCUCGUCCCAAGUCUCCUGCCAUGGAACAAUCUCACCCCAUAAGUUCCCGACGACGGGAUGAACCCCCAGAGUUCAGUAACUUACGAGAAUGGGCUUUCAAGGCUCGCAUUAGCAGAGAUAACGCAAGCUCAAGAAGGUUCUCUGCCUCCAAUAUCAGAAGCAGUUUGAGAGAAGACACGAGGUCUUUCAGAUCAAACAUUACCGUCUCUAGCACUGCUUCUUCUCCCGGCUACUCCUUGCGAGAUGAGAUAGACCCAUCAACCUACUCAUUCACCACUGCUCUCAAAGCAUUGCAGGCGAGAUCAGGAUACUACAGCUGGGAGUGCGUAUCUCCUGAUGGAUUUGCAUUGAACUCCAAGUGGGACGAAGCAGAAAAGUAUAUCUGCAACCCACUCUCAGGGGAAGUCCCAAUGGAGUGUUUGUCUGCAAAAACACUCAGUGGAAGAUCAUUCCGUACAGUCACUAGCAGCAGAACCACAAUGUCUGCUCCCCUGGUUUACACCAAUAACCAUUCCAAUUCGAGGCGUAUCCAAACAAAGCCUUAUGCCACUUACCAAGAAGACGAACCACUCCACUCCCCAAUUCAUGAGAAGAAAGUGCAGAGCGUGAUGAUGAUGGGUACUAGAGACGUGGGAACACAGAGCAGUACUCCGGUGGACAUUAGUUCAUCAAGCAGCCCAAGCCCAGCAGCAACUCCUCCAAUUGAAGAGAGAUCAUUGAAGCGAUGCGAAGCAGCUGAAGUUGGCGAUUCGCCUGCAAAGUUGAGCAUUUCUGACAAACAGGAGAUAGUGCAUGUGGUUGAUGAAGAAGUACUGAAUAAGGACAGAAAGGAGAACGAAGAAACAGCUGCAAGAAGAGAAAUACUGGGAGAAGAAGAGUUGGAAAAGAAAGCGGCAGAAGAGGAGGAGAGGUGCAGGUGGAGGCAUGGUGGGUGCUUGUCGUGGAGGAGCCUGCGGAUGAGAAAAAUGCAGAGAGAGAAGCAUAAAACAAAAACCAGAAACAAGAUUAAUGCAUUUCUUCCACUUCGUAAAGGCUGCUGAAAAAUAUAUUGAGCUGAGCUCCUCAGAAGUCAGCAUAAGGUAAAAAAACCAACCUAGCUAGCUACUACUGGAUCUGCCUGUUUAAGCUCUCUCUCUCUCUCUCACUCCAAAAUUUGUAAGGGAGAUUUUGCGGGUUACUGAACAUAUCUAGGAAAUUCAGGGGUGUUGAGGAAUAGUGCAACCUUGGUUUUCUUUUC